CAAAACCUCCAUUAAAGCUCAAACGGAGCUUUUCGAAAAAAAUCAUUCUGGCCUCAAAAAUCAUAAACGAAUACACUAUUUCGCUUAAUUUUUCGCACUGAUCAUGAAUCUAUGCUUAGAUUUCACAGUGGAGGCUUAUAAUUCGAAAACCGAAACAACAACUUAAGAACAUAAAAAAAACCAAAACGUGACUCAAGCAAAACCACACAAAAUUGAUGUUUGGAAAAGCUUAAGAACGUGUUUAUAAACAUAGAUACACUGAAACUCACUUGGUUUGAACCUCGAGUUGUGUUAACCAACCCAAGUUUUUCUUAGCAAUUUUAGAGCUUCGGGUAUGCUUUCUCUGGUGCUUUUCUUCGUAUUUUUUCUUGUGGGUUCCGUUACUGAAAGUGUUUAGGAUGUUUUUGUUAAAGAAAAUUGAAGGUUUAUGGUUGUUUUAUUGAUUUUCGAAUUUGGAGUAAAAAUGGUGGAAAAGAUGAAAUCUUUUGUUGUUUCCUCUGGUGUUUUUAAUUUUAAGAUUUUGUUGUUUUUAAUUUUAUUUAAAAGAUUCAGUUUUAAUCCCAUAUUAGAAGCAGCCUUAACUUAAUGAGGACUGAAUCUAUUAAUUGAGAGUAGGGAUGAAUAUGCAAAUAAUUAAACUUACACAGUAAAAAUGUAAAAUAUAAUUAUAAAUAUGAGAUAGAUAAUGGAGUACACAUGUCUUAUUUUUAUUGGUGCCACAUCAUGGUGUGCUGUUUGCACACCUCUUUAUGAAGGUAACCUAGAAAAAACCAUAUUUAUAUCCACAAACCUUAUUGUUACUGCAUCUUUUUCAUUUCAUUUCAUUCAUAUAACUUUAUUCUAUAUAUUCUUCUCUGUUUUCUCUCUCUCUCUCUCUCUGCUCAAACCAUGCCUUUGUCUCUUGAAACCGAUGAAAGGUCCAACAACUUCAACCAAUAUGUUUCGAUCUGUAAUCAGGAUUUUCCGGAGGAUGAUUCUGAUUCUGAUUCAUGUGUUUCAUCUUCUUCUUCUCUUGGGAGGAACAGUGACGAUUCAUCUGAAGAUUCUUCCGACCGGGAAGAUUCCGGUGGAGUUGAGGUCAAAACUAGCAAGUUUAAAGGUCCUUUGGAUACUAUAAAAGAUUUGGAGGAAGAUUUACCAGUCAAGAAAGGCAUAUCAAAGUUUUAUAGUGGCAAAUCAAAAUCAUUCACAAGCUUAGCAGAUGCAGCAGGUGAAACUUGUGUGCAAAAGAUUGUAAAACCAGAGGACCCUUAUGCUAAAAAACGCAAGGAUUCGCUAGCACGUAACCUAUUGAUAGGGAGGAGUCGUAGUUAUGCAAAUGUUGGUGGGAUAUCAAACUCAAAGCGAACUUCAAACUUAGGCAGACGAACAUCUUGUCUCAAUCUGAACUACAAUGCUGACAGUGGUGAUGAGGGGAAGAGUUCCGUUUCCACAUCAAUAUCACCUCCUUGUCCACUUCCUCCUCUUCAUCGUCAACCUAAUAGGUUGUCCACAACUGCUUCACAUCCUCGUCCUCCUGCACAAAAUACCCCUUUGCGCUCAUAUUCAUGGUCUGAUCUGAACUCUGUUGCUGAGGGUCAUGAUAUAACUGGUUUGGCCAUUUGUAGUGGAAACAAAGGCAAUAAAGUACACUGAAUUUUUUAUAGGAGUUUCACUCUUUAGUUGAUAGCAAGCGAGUUUGUGACUUUGUUUUGUAUGGCGCAGCAGCUGUGGACACUUUGAUUAAGAGAGAGACAUUUUCUCUCACUAAAUGUAACGGUCUUCACGACUGCUGUAUGUGGAUCCAAAAAUGUUUUGUAUUGGAGAGGGUGUUAUCUAUGUGAACUCGUCUUAAGCCUUCUGAGUAGUGUUGUAUAUUAUGUCUCAACUUUUGAUAAUUUAUGACUCUAAAAAGCAUACUUAUUAGCAUAAAUGAUGAUUAUCAUCUUGUUGCUGAUGAA